AUGAUCGUUCCAGACACCAUCACCAUCGAGUGCGGCAGCGGAAAUGACUUUGAUGGGCGCAUGGGCUUGAGGAUAUCCUCCAUCUUCGUGAUCGGAUUCGGCUCUUUUCUGGGUGCCCUGUUGCCAAUUGCCCUGGCGAGGACGAGACGCAUGCAUGUCCCCCCCAUGGCUUUCUUCGUAGCCAAGUACUUUGGCUCGGGCGUGAUCGUUGCGACGGCUUUCAUACAUCUUCUCUCUCCAGCGCAGGAGGCGCUCAAGUCCCCUUGUCUGACAGGCACAAUAACAGAGUACUCGUGGGUCGAGGGUAUUGUCUUGAUGACCAUCUUCGUCUUGUUCUUCAUUGAGCUCAUGGUCUCUCGCUUCGACGUCUUUGGCACCCAUGAUCACGACCCCGAAGCGAUCGAUCCAGCCAAGAAGUUGUUACGAGACUUGGAAAAGAGCGGCGAGGCAGAAAUCGCGCGGCCAUUGCACGCUCACAGCAAAGAGUCAACAACGCCUGUCGUGCAAAGGGUCUCGGAAGCCAGUUCAAGCCAUGCACCACCGACUCAGGUCCUCGCCAACAGCGGCGUUCCAGGCCGCGAAGACGACUUCAGCUACCCCCCCGGAGGCGAGGACCACCUGGGACACAGCCGCUCUCAUUCCGACGAGCACGAGAGAUUCGCGGCCCAGAUGACCAGCAUCUUCAUCCUCGAGUUCGGCGUCAUCUUCCACUCCAUCUUCAUCGGCCUCACGCUCGCCGUGACGGGCGACGAGUUCACCGUCCUCUACACCGUGCUCGCCUUCCAUCAGACAUUCGAAGGCCUCGGUCUCGGUUCCCGCCUCGCCACUGCCAGCUGGCCGAGAUCCAAGUCCUGGAUGCCAUGGGUUCUUGGCUCUGCAUUCGGCAUCACGACGCCAAUCGCCAUCGCUAUCGGUCUCGGGGUGCGGAGCAGCUUCAAGCCGGAGAGUCCCGAGACGCUGGUUAUCCAGGGUGUCUUUGACUCUAUCAGUGCGGGGAUUUUGAUCUACACGGGACUGGUGGAGCUGAUGGCUCACGAGUUUAUGUUUAGCGUCGAGAUGCGGAAGAGUUCGAUGAAGAUGGUGCUCUUCGCCUAUGGGUGCAUGUGUAUGGGUGCGGGGCUCAUGGCCGUCCUUGGGAAGUGGGCUUGA